AUGAGACGGUUCCAGCGCAAGACGCAGCCGCAGCACGCGCAAAACGAGACUGACGAGGAUUCGCCACCGAGAGGGCAGCGAAAUGCAUUCGACUUGCCCCCGCCUCUGCUUCUGCUGCUGAAUUCCAUCCAGACCAUGGACCGAAAACCGCCUGUCACACUCGCGCUUGGCGGGGUCAUGUACAUGUUGCAUGUAGUUGGGACUCGAACACCGUCGCUGAUUCUACCUUUUGCACUGUGUCCUGGACAAGUCGUGGCGAACAAAAGUAUUGGAGCGGUUUUCAUUGCACCUUUUAUCCAUAUGGAGGAUCUGCAUCUCUACCAGAGCUUAGUGUCGUUCCUUUGGAAGGGGUACCAGCUUGAGGGAAGGCUUGGAAGCAUUGGCUUCUGUGUGCUGUUGAUCUACCUCAUCGUUCUAUCGCAAGCAUUCAUUUUGGUUGGAGCGCACGUGAUAUCAUGGGGGGCAAUGUACGAGUGCUUUACGGGGCUCUCCGGUGUGCUGAUAGCGAUGAAGGCGAUUUUGACCGUUGACUCGCCAACGUUUACUGAAUUGCACAGCUUUAUGGUGCCCACAAAAUAUGCCGCAUGGCUGGAGCUGCUUGUUACUUACCUCUUUGUCCCAAAGCUGCCAUUAUUGGCCCAAGCUGCUGGACUUACUUCAGGAUACAUCUACAUUAUGGCCCCAAAUGCAGACGCGCUGGUCGGUAGUGCAUCACGCAUGAUUCGAAAUUUGCUGAUUCGAGCAGGGUUUGUUAAACGACCACUUCGGUGGUGGCAAGUAUGGCCAAGAUUUAUGAACACGCUCCGACGACGGAAGCAGCAGCGAGCAGCACGAAAGGCAUAG